UACAUAUCUUCCCUUCAGUUGACUAAUUAGCAUUGAAGUGCUGUUCAAGAUCAUCAUUGUUAGCUUAGCGACCUAGCAGUCGGUGUGCAAAACGGAGCGGAGAGCACCAUUAUAGAAGCGCUCUGCUGGAAGGAGGUGAAGGGGACCGCGGCUCGGUGUAGCUGACAGACAGCAGAGCAGGCAGGUGGGCUCAGUAGCUGUCCCCCUAUUCACACUUGUCACUGAGGAAGGAGGGGGGGGGGGGGGGAGAGAGAGAAGAGAAUUGGGGGGCGCGCUGAAGAGGAGCAGCGAAGUGUGCGGCUCGCGGCUUUAACGGCGAACAGAGCGACAGAGCGGAGCGCGUAGUGAGGAAGAGCGCAGCCAGCCAAGCUGGAGCAAGAGAGAAAGAGAGAGAGAGAAAGCAAGGAGGGAGGAUGGCGAGGUGCUGAAGGGGGACACAGCACAGAGAUCACCAGUCACUCAGGCGUUGAAGAUGGCUGAGAAUCGUCAGACGGGACAGGGACGUGCUCUGAGGAGCCAGCCCUCAGAGAGAGACUUGCAAAAGACCAGCACCUACAUCGUCCCCUGCUUCCUCUGCGUGGAGCUGGUCAUCAUGGCGGGCACUGUGCUGCUGGCGUACUACUUUGAGUACACGGACACCUUCCCCGUGCACCUGCAGGGCUUCUUCUGCUACGACAAGACCUUCUCCAAGCCCUUCCCGGGACCAGAGGACGACAGCAAAGCCCCUCCGGUGUUGGUGUACUCUCUCGUCACUGCCAUCCCCACGGUUACGAUCCUGAUCGGGGAGGUGACCGGGUUCCUGGUGAAGACAGACGGGGCUCAGGAGAAGACCAUCGUGAGCGCUGACUGCUGCUUCUUCAACCCUCUUCUUCGCAGGAUCGUACGCUUUCUCGGCGUGUACUCCUUCGGCCUCUUCACCACCACUAUCUUCGCCAACGCUGGCCAGGUGGUGACAGGAAACCAGACGCCCCACUUCCUGUCUGCCUGCAAGCCCAACUACACGGCCCUUGGCUGCCAGUCUCCACUGCAGUACAUCUCGGAGCGCCGCGCCUGCACGGGGAACCCCUACCUGGUGGCCUCCGCACGCAAGUCCUUCCCCUCCAAGGACGCAGCCCUCAGCUUCUACUCCGCAGUCUAUACAGUGAUGUACAUCACGCUGGUGUUCGGCACAAAGGGGACGCGGCUGACCAAGCCCACCCUGUGCCUGCUGCUGGUGUCACUGGCCGUGCUGGUGGGGGUGGUCCGCGUCACGGAGCACCGGAACCACUGGAGUGAUGUGCUGGCCGGCUUCCUGACUGGUGGAGCCAUCGCUGCCUUCCUGGUGUCGUGUGUGAUCAACAACUUCAAACCCACCCAGUUGGCGGGCCCCGUACCACCACCCCCACCACCACCGCCACAGCACUCCCAGCGGCAAGACCCCCCACUGGGCAUGCCCCUGGUCAGCCUGCCGCGCGUGGUGGAGAGCCCACUCGAAAAGUUAAGUGGUCUCCAGGCUUCAGGGUUACCGUACUCUGAGAUCACAUGACCAUCAGCCAAUCCCGUCCCCGGCCCCUCCCGACGUGCUCCUCCCCUCGCGGCGCUGCCUCACCAGCUCAGUCUAGACCUUCCCACCGGGACCCCAGAGGCCUCGGGGCCCACCCACCAAGAGAGAGGGGCCCCUCUGCGACGAGUAAAGUCCACCCAGGUAUGACUCCCGACGACGGCUGGGGGGUCGUCGACUGGCGACCGCCUCUCGCUGCAGCUCAUCUCGGAGGGAGCCCUCACUGUCCCACUUUUCCCCUUGUUUUGGUUUUGUUUAGUUUUUUACCUGCUUCCCCUCUUUUUUUUUUUUGUACUUUGGUGCAAAAAGGACCCAACAAAAGACUGACCAAAGCGAGACCAAACUGUUGAAGCAAUAACUUUCCCUCUCCGUCCUGCUGUGAACAGGACCAACCGGGCCCUGUGUUGAAUACAGAGACGUACGGUUUACGUAUGUUGUGCGUACUUGAGGUCUUGGAAUCGAGGACGCAGAAAAAAAUGAACUCCGUCCUUGACUGGUUGACUGAAAGACACCAUUUUGUAACACUCAGGAAAAGGUUGUUUGAAGUCAACGCAGACCUUUCUUGUGAUGACUGAGGAUGCAGCUUUGAAAAGUGGAAACAGCGCAGCUUUGCUGAAAGAAGAACUCCUUUUGUAAAAUACAUUGACACAGGUGGCCAAGUUUAUGGUUCAGUGGUAAGUUCUGUGUUCUCUGGAAUUUUUUGAGGAUUGGGCAUUGUAUCAAUCAAAAAGUUGAUUUCUAACUCACAUCUUUAACCAUGCAGGCUUUUUCCUGUGUCUUAUAUUGUGGUUUCAUCCGCAAUAUUAGAAGCAGAAAAAUAUGAUUUAAAAAAAUCUGUGUGUUGCUGUAUCUCAUUUUCCGUCUCUUGUCAGUGUUUGUGUUCUUUUUCUGUAAAUUAUUAUUAUUAUUAUUAUUAUCUUAUUAGCCUUUAGCGAGCACCGUGUGACCAGGGGCGUGAAAGAUGUUCAGUUCUGUUGGAUCGACCCCAGCAGGUAACUACAAAGUGGUGCCAGACUGCAACUGUUAUUCAGAUCGUUUAUACUGUCUAUAAGGACUGACUUCAGUUUGCUGCAGAGACUGCACCUUGUUCUUGGGAGACAACAAUCAUAAAAAGGUGCAAUACAGAAUAUGGACAAUAAAAAGAUGAAAACAUAUACACUCUUAACUAAAGGUAAUCUUAGUGAAGUUAUUUCCAUUCCUCCAUCCUACAUCCAUGACCUAAACGCAUCUACAACUUCCUCUCACUUAUACACCAGAUGUGUGAUUUUUAUAUAUAUAUAUGUAUAUAAAUAUAUAUAUAAAUAAAAAUACAAUUGUACAGAAUAUAGGUUUCUUUAAACAAUAAAUAGACAGUAUUGUUAGGUUUGAAACUAUGAAAAUUGUCCUGUUACCCAAAGCUUCUGGUAAGAACAAGAUGAGGAUGUGAAGCAGGUAUGUAGCUGGAGGGUUAAGAGUGUGGUCCACCACGUGUGUGAGGUGUAGAGGGUCUAAUGAAGCCUCGCUACCAUUACACUUGCUUGGGUUGUCUCCUGAUGAAGAUAUAUUGCAGGUUGGUUAUACACUAUAUUAAACGUAAUACACAUCACAAGUAAUACAAUAAUGGUUUAUUUCUUACAAUAAGGAAGAAUAAAUUGCACCUAUUGGUUAAGUGUGUGUGUACGUGUGAGUGCAUGUAUGAGUGUGCGUGUGUGUGUGUGUGUGUGUGUGUGUGUGUGUGUGUGUGUGUGUGUGUGUGUGUGUGUGUGUGUGUGUGUGUGUGUGUGUGUGUGUGUGUGUGUGUGUGUGUGUGUAUGUGUGUGUGUGUGACCUCCUGUGGUGUGUGUGUGGUUUUAAUGAGCACAUUGUAUGCUAACAUUACUGUUAAUUUGCUGUUCUCUUUUUAUUCCUUAAUAAUAACUGGCGAGAAAAGUUCAUAAUUAUAAUUAUGCACAUAUUGGUCAUAAUAAUUACGCACAUACACAUGUGUGUGAUUCUAUGCCUUCUGAUGACCCCUACCAAGGUUUCUAAACAAUGUGGGAAAAUAGAAGGUGCUCAUUAUUAUGCUGAAAAUACCUAUAACUUAUCUGUUGGAAGUUUUGUAAAGAAAAACGACAAAUGAAGUAUCAAUGUUAUUUUCCGUGUUGAAAUUAAUGUUUUGUAUCGACUUACCUAAAUAAAAUGCCACAGCUAUUUAACAUUU